UGUCAAGCUCGUAGAACAAGAAGUGUUGAUGCACGGCUGCAAAAACAAACUAGUCCCAGGGUCGCUACCAUUUUUACAGUCCAUGGUCACUACACGUGAACACUUGCAGGUACAAUCUUUGAUGUGUUUGUCAAAAUGGUUGAUGUUAAAUAUUUGCCGGCUAUUGAUAGGUACAGCAGUUCCUUUGUGAGAGGGGUAUGAAGGUGGAAACAGCAGCACGGGCAAAUGAGCGAGGCGUGAUUUCGAAAGAUCCACACCUCAUUGUUGUGACUGAUUGAACAUGAAACGUGUGCCUACUGGAAGCGAGUGAACGAUCGAGCACACAAAUCCGUGAGCAAAAAAAAAUCCGUUUAGCAAAAACAAAACAAAACAAAACAACAUUCAGUGGCGUUGGCUCAUAAACCUGUGACAUGACUGAGAUCAAGCUUUCGAUGUGGCCAAUACAGAUUCAAGGCACUCAGCCAAACGCAACAAGGCAGCCGUGGACAAAGACCUUAGAUUGUCUUGUAUUUUAAACACAAGAAGAUGUGAAAUAGGCUGGCUAUAUGCCUACAGGCUCCAUGUUGCAGUGUUCCUGCUCAGAUCAGCCUACUUUAUUGUUGUUUUAAAAGGGCGUUUCGAAACGAAUUUUGUUCAGUGACCAUUUUCAAUUUCGAAAUAGAAACGUUUUCCGUCCACAUUAGACCGUUGAUAUGCAAUCCACAUAAACAUUCACGCAGUUCUCAUGGCCAUUCAUGCAACUGUCACAUGACCAAUUGGGCAUGCACUAACCGUUAAACAGGACGACUCACUACUGUUGGAGAAAGAGUUGAGAUGGUGAAGACAAACGCUACGACUUUCCUUUCAUGGACUGAUGAUGAAGUAGAAUUAUUACUAAAAGUAACAUUGGAGUACAAAGUGACUAUGGCGGCAGAAGGUAUUAAAUGGGAGUUGUCCUGCAGCAAAUACGGGGACAUUUUGCAAAGUUUCCUUGAGAAUUACCCCACACAUGAGGCUGGCCUUACAAUGAGAAAGGAGUUCCCGCACAAAAAGCAGGAUAUCACUAAAGCUCAAUUAACAUCAAAAUUAAAGGCCAUACGGAACAAGUAUAGGCAGGCAGUCAAGACUGGUCGAAAGAGUGGCCAUGGGCGAGUGAUCCUGCUGUAUUUUGAGCUUUGUGAAGCCAUUUGGGAAGAAUCACUAGGGACAGACACCAUCUCUGGGGUGAUCGAGACUAGCAACACAAGGCCAGAUACACCCACCGCCAGCUCCGCUGCAACAGGCGAAGAGUCACUGACUGAGGAGACGAUAGAAAAUUGCCGUCAACAACUGAACCGGUCCUUGGGAGCCUGCCGGAGGAGCAAGUUGAUGAAGCGACCCUUCCCGGAUGCUGCACUGGAGGACCUCAGAAUUAAGAGGCGGCUCCUCCAUCAGCUCGAGGCAACGCACAACGAGUUUGUUAACAGUAUAGGCCGGUUGUCAUCCUCGGUGGACCGUCUGAACUCUAACAUCGAGCUCUUGGUGCAGCACAUUGUGGGCACAGGGAACAAUAACACAGAAGAUCUUGGACACCCUGUGGCUGACUCAGUGAACAUACCUGUUGACCAACCAUCAGUGCCAGGCAGAAUUAAAGCUGAGUUUCACGAAGUUGCUCUAGACUCAUCUCCAGCACUAUGUCAGGGAAGCCCAAAGCUGAGGAUAAAGUCUGAACAGGUCAAAGUUGAAGAGGAUGGGACUGAAACCAUGGUGUGCUCUACACAGACAAACACAGAUGACACUUUGAUUCAACUGUGAGACUAAAAUCUGAGACGUGCUAGAUUUGAUAGUCACCGGUUAUCCAUUUCUUUAAUCAACAAUGGAGAACAUUUCUGCAAAAUAAUAGACAAAACAGAAAAUCAAACAUGGAUCAUCUUGACCACCACAGAAAUAUUGACUGCAGGAUACUUACCCAACACUCAAAACCAAGUAGAACAUUUGAAUGUAAGCAAUGUGGACUCCUCUUAAAAAGCGUAUGCCUGUCAACAUUGUGAAAAGCUUUGGCCAUCCCAAUGAUAUUGCCAGAUCUCAUUGUAAUAAGAACAAACACUGAAAGAAAUAAGCAGCUGCUUGAAUGUUAUGUUAAGAUGUUGUGGAGUCAAAGGGGUGUACGUUGAGUGUAGUUGAGGUGGACCAGGGAGGGCCUUGUGAUAUAAAUAAAGUGGCCAAUGCUAAGGAGAUGCAUGAUCAGGCUCUAGUUUCCUUUUUUAAACCUCGUCUCAGGAAAACAAUAGUUGAGCAUUUAAAUUGGUAAGAAAACACUGCUGGGGAUUUUUUUAUCACUGCUUUGCCAUCAUCAAAUUAAAAUAUAUUUUUUUUCUACA